AUGGCCUGCUGCUUGGCAUCUGCACUACUGCUGCUGCUGCUGCUGCUGCUGGUGCGGAAUGGGGAGAACCAAGCAACGGACGACUGCAGCCUGCCGGGUCCCUCACCAGGGUCCGCGAGCUCCACGGGCGGGAAUCGCUGCGUGGACGCGGCCGAGGCGUGCACAGCCGACGCGCAGUGCCAGCAGCUGCGCUCCGAGUACGUGGCGCGAUGCCUGGGCCGCCCGGCGCCCGGGGGCUGGAGCGGCCCCGACGGCUGCGUGCGUUCCCGCUGCCGCCGCGCCCUGCGCCGCUUCUUCGCCCGCGGGCCGCCGGCGCUCACGCAGGCGCUGCUCUUCUGCCGGUGCGAGAGCCCCGCGUGCGCCGAGCGCCGGCGCCAAACCUUCGCUCCCGCCUGCGCGUUCGCGGGCCCCGGGCCGGCGCCGCCCUCCUGCCUGAAGGCCCUGGACCGCUGCGAGCGCGGCCGCCUGUGCAGGCCUCGUCUCCUUGCCUUCCAGGCCUCGUGCGCUCCCGCGCCCGGCUCCCGAGCCAGCUGCCCCGAGGAGCGGGGCCCGCGUUGUCUGCUCGCCUACGCGGGCCUCAUAGGCACCGCAGUCACCCCCAACUACCUGGACAACGUGAGCGCGCGCGUCGCGCCCUGGUGCGGCUGUGGGGACAGCGGAAACCGGUUGGAAGAGUGUGAGGCCUUCCGCAAGCUCUUUACAAGGAACCCCUGCUUGGAUGGUGCCAUGCAAGCCUUUAACACCUUGUGGCCCUCAAUUCUGCAGGACUGGCUGAACCCCUACCAGAACACUGGGCAUCAUUUCCCACAGGUAGGCAGGUCAAGGUGGGGACAUGAGUGGCUUGAGAGGAGAUGGAGGCAGAAGCAGCCCCCAUUUUGUCCUCAUCCCUCCCUAGGUGUCCUUGAUGUCCAUACUCACUGCCUUGGCUCUCCAGGCCCUGCUCUGAUUAGGAAGGCGCACCAUGGACAACACAGCUGACCGCCAUGUCUCCUACUGCUCACUGGAAUGAAAUUUCCUUGCCCUCAGGUCUCAUACACCUGUGUGCCUGUCCCCUGGGGUUGAGGGCUGGAGGCUACUGUCCGACUCUAAAGCCUCUGGUUCCUGUCAGUGGUUGUCUUGGCUAUUUGCUUCUCCAUCCUUGAGAUGGUCACCUGUAGAUGAGGCCUCACUGGACCCCCAGCGCUUAUAGAGCAUGGCAGAGACUACCGCCGCUCCUAGAAUUUGGAACUGCCCUCUUCCGAGCAGACAGGCACUAAGGAGAUCACAUGGACAGACCGACAGGCAAGACUCCUUCCAGUUAGCACUGUAACCUAAAUACCCGCCCAGUCAGCCAUUACUCACCAUCAAGCCCUACCUGUGCCCCGGGACUAGCAAUGGCAUCGCUUGCCACCUAUGACAAGCUGCUGUGUGGGCAUUAAAGAGAUUCAGGCCCCUCCUACUUGGCAUCCCACUGGCUGCACAGCCUCGCCCCCUGUGGUUUCCCUGGCACAGCAGCUCAAUAAACCCAUGUGCACUGAGA